GCGAGUAGAGGCGGAAAUCGGCGUGCGAAGGACUCGAGGUUCGGGUUUCGCGAGUUUCGGUCUCGGCCCCAUCGCAAGGGUGCCUCGCGUCCGCGGAAAUCCCGAGUGCGUUUCCGCCGCCUAGUCUCGUGGCGUCUGGUCAGCCGCGAGAGACCGUGCGAGUCGACCGUUUGCCUCGGUGGACAUUGAUUUUUCCCUCCUUUCCUGGCGCUCUCGCUCCCAGAGGACAACCGAGAGCCGCCGGACCGACCUCGAGGACGGGGAAUCCGCACCGCGCCGUCCGGGACGAGGGGGAGAGGCGACGCCACCGCCCCGGAGGAGGAGUGACGGGAGACGCCGGGCGUCUCCGUAAACAAACGGGCGGCGUCGCCGAGUGGCGCAGUCGCGGCGAUUGCGGCGAUUGCAACGAUUGCGGCGAUUGCAGCGAUUGCAGGUCCCUGCAUCGACCGCGCCGCCCCCUGUCGGUAGUCGCCGGUCCGGCGGAGGCGAGGUCAAGGUCGGCGGAUCGGUUCCGGGAGGAAGCCCUUUCGGCGGGUGGCGGGGGGAGGGGCGCCCGCCGCUUCCGGGAGAGGUCGGGAGAGGUUUCGGCCAGCCGGCAGUCGUCGGGCGACCGCGCGCGCGAGUGGAGGUGGGCCCGCCCCGCCGCGCCGAUGCGAGCCCGGUGAAGGACGCGCCGACGAUGGGGAGGACCUCGGCCGCCACCUGAAGGACCGAGGAGAUGGAGUUCGAGCUGGACGGCAGCCUCAAGGAGUGGGCGAAGGACAAGCCCCUGAGCAUCCUGCAGCUGGACCCGGCCGACCGGGCCGUCCUUAGGAUCGCAGACGAACGAGACGCCAUCCAGAAGAAGACCUUCACGAAGUGGGUGAACAAGCACCUGAAGAAGACCUACACGUGCCUACACGUGUGCGUUGUCGUGAACAACCAGCCGUGCUGUUCCCCCACCGCGAGCAGACAUGUCGGGGACCUGUUCGAGGACCUGCGGGACGGGCACAACCUCAUCUCCCUCCUGGAAGUGCUUUCCGGCGAGCACCUCCCGAGGGAGAGGGGCCGAAUGCGUUUCCACAUGCUGCAGAACGUCCAGAUGGCGCUCGACUUCCUGCGCUACAAGAAGAUCAAGCUGGUCAACAUCCGCGCCGAGGACAUCGUCGACGGCAACCCUAAGCUCACUCUCGGCCUCAUCUGGACCAUCAUCCUCCACUUCCAAAUCUCGGACAUCGUCGUGGGCCAGGAGGCGAACGUCACCGCGAGAGAGGCUCUGCUGAGAUGGGCGAGGCGAUCCACGGCCAGAUACCCUGGGGUCAGGGUGACCGAUUUCACCGGCUCCUGGAGGGACGGCCUGGCCUUCAGUGCCCUGUUGCACAGGAACAGACCCGACCUCGUCGACUGGAGGAGUGCUCGCUCCUGCCAAGCCAGAGAAAGGCUGGACCGCGUUUUCUUUAUCGCGGAACGCGAGUACGGAGUCACUCGACUCCUGGACCCCGAAGACGUCGACACCCAGGAACCUGACGAGAAGUCGCUGAUCACGUACAUCUCGUCUCUGUACGACGUUUUCCCGGAGCCCCCUUCAAUCCAUCCUCUCUAUGACGCAGAGGCCCAACGAAGAUCCGCGGAAUACCGCGAGCUGGCCAGCUCCCUCCACCUUUGGAUUCGUGAAAAAAUGACCCUGAUGCAGGAGCGCUCCUUCCCGCCGACUCUGAUCGAGAUGAAGAAGCUGGCGACCGACAGCGCGAAAUUCAAAAACGAGGAGGUCCCACCAAGGUACAGGGACAAGCAAAGGCUCACCCACAUCUUCAGGGACCUGCAGAAGUACUUCGAGGCCGUCGGCGAGGUCGACAUGGAGCCGGAACUGCACAUCGAGGUCAUCGACAAGAACUGGAACCGACUCGUGAUGCUGCACCAGGAGAGGGAGCAGGCGAUUCACGACGAGAUCAAGCGCCUGGAACGCCUGCAGCGCCUCGCGGAAAAGGUGCACCGCGAGAUGAAGACCACCGACAAUCGCCUCGAAGAGCUGGAGAGACGCGUCGAGGACGAGGCUCGUCGACUCGACCGCCUCCAUCCCUUGGAGGCGAAGCACGCCGUCGAUCUGCUCGAACAGGACAUCCGAAAUACCGAGAUUCAGAUUCAGAAUAUAUUCACCGACGUGCACACCCUCACCGAGGGCAGAUACAGCCAGGCCCUGGAGCUCCACAAGAGAGUACAGAAACUGCAUCAACGUUGGGUAGCCUUGCGCUCACUUUUGCACAAGAGACUGGUCCAGCCUCUGUCGGCAGUCUCGUUCCCGGUGGAGGAGCGAGUUGUCACCAAGCAGCGAACCACCGUCCACGAGACGAGACUCGUCGACACCAAUCCUCACUUCCGAGCCCUGCACGACUGCAUCGACUGGUGCAAGAGCACCCUGAAGCAGCUGCACGAGGCCGACUACGGGUCCGACUUGCCGAGUGUGCAGAACGAGCUCGACGUCCACCAGCGCGAGCACAAGAACGUCGACCAGUUCCACAACAAGGUGGACAAAUGCGUCCAAGCUAAGAACAACUUCCACGGGGAAGAGCUGACCCUGUACUCGCAGCACCUCAGCACCCUGCAGAAGCUCUACGCCGAGCUCCUGGCCACGUCCAGCAAGAGGCUGUCGGACCUGGACACCUUGCACGACUUCAUCCAGUCGGCCACCUCGGAACUUCUCUGGCUAAAUGCCAAGGAGGAGACCGAGGUGACUCGUGACUGGAGCGAGAAGAACCUGAACGUUCAGAGCAUCGAACAAUACUACGAGUCCCUGAUGAGCGACCUGGAGAAGCGGGAGAUCCAGUUCUCGGCGGUGCAGGAUCGCGGGGAAGCCUUGGUUCUUCAGCAUCAUCCGGCUGCGAAGACAAUCGAAGCGUACAUGUCGGCCAUGCAGAGUCAAUGGGCCUGGCUGUUGCAGCUGACCUUGUGUCUGGAGGUUCAUCUCAGACACGCGGCUUAUAGGCAGCAGUUUUUCAAGGAUGUCCAGCAGGCCGAACAGUGGAUCUCUAAAAGAGACGAGAUCCUGAAUACCGUUUACUCCCAGUCGGAUUUCUCGCUGGACGAGGGGGAACGCUUGCUGAGAGGCAUGCAAGAGUUGAGGGAGGAGCUGAAUAAUUAUGGGGAUCACGUGCAGAGAUUGGUCGAACAGGCGAAGGAUGUCGUGCCCAUGAGACAGCGCAGACAACCCGUUAUGAGACCUCUUCAGAUCACCGCUAUCUGCAGCUACAAACAAGUUAACCAGAUCUCCAUCGAGAAGGGCGAGCAGUGCACCCUGUACGACAACUCGGGCCGAGUUAAAUGGCGAGUGAAGAACUCCCAGGGCGUGGAGUCGCCGGUCCCUGGAGCGUGUUUCGCUCUUCAGCCUCCGGACAAGGACGCGUUGGAUGCUGCGGAGCGUCUUAGACGUCAGUACGACAGAAGCGUGGCCCUGUGGCAGCGGAAGCAGCUGCGCCUGCGGCAGAACAUGAUAUUCGCGACCAUCAAGGUCGUCAAGGGCUGGGACCUCCCGCAUUUCCUGGCCAUGGGACAGGAUCAGCGAACCGCCAUCAGGAAGGCCCUGAACGAGGACGCGGAUAAGUUGCUAUCGGAGGGCGAUCCUGCGGACCCUCAGCUGAGAAGACUCAAACGCGAGAUGGCGGACGUCAACAGACUCUUCGACGACUUCGAGAAACGCGCCAGAGCCGAGGAGGAGUCAAAGAACGCGGGUCGCAUCUUCAACGAGCAGGUGUCGUCCUUACAGCAGGCCUUGGACGAGGCCGAGAGGGUCUUGAACACCCGAAUAGCCGCUCCUCUGCCUCGCGACCUCGACAGCCUGGAGCACCUUGUCCUCGAGCACAAGGACUACGAGCAGAGUCUCCAACGUCUGGCCCCGGACGUGGACCAGGUCCAGCAAACGUUCCGAGGGAUCACCCUGAAGACCCCCGCCAUGAGGAACAAGCUCGACAACGUGACCACCAAGUGGAACCAUCUCUGGAAUCUCAGCAACCUCUACAUCGAGCGCCUCAAGUGCGUCGAGAUCGUCCUGUCGGGUCUCGAAGAGAACACCACCGCCAUUUCGGAGUUCGAGAUCAAGCUGGCCUCCUUCGGAGAGAUGCCGUCCGACGUCAAGGGCCUCCAGAAUGUCCUGGAGGACCUGAUGGUCCUGCAGAACGCCAUCGCCCAGCAGCAGGGAUCCAUCGACCAGCUCAACGACGACGCUCAUAACGCCAGAAGAUUGGUGGAGAAGUCCAGGCCUAAUCAUAGAGGUCCUCACAGCGACAUGGACAGACUGGAUGCAGAAGUCAAUAGACUCAAUGCCAGGUGGACCAACAUCUGCGGCCAGCUGGUCGAUCGUCUUCGCAGCGCGGAGACCGCUUAUGGACUCGCUCAGCAGUAUCAUAACUCUUAUCAGAACGAGGUCGACUUCGUCGACGAGAGCUACGCCAGGCUGGAGAACCUGGCCCCGGUUCACACCAAGGCGCAGGAACUGGAAACCACCAAGAAUCUGCUGAACCGUGUGGUGGAUCGUGCUCCUGCUAUCGAGGCCGUCAAUGUUACCGGCGGGCGGCUGAUAAGAGAGGGCAAGAUCUACGGACAGAGGCUAAGGGCCUUCAAGGAACAGCUGGAAGAAGUCUGCCCAUCCUUGGACGCCUCCGUCAAGAGACCCAGAAGAGACUCCGUGACGACCGUCGACAAUGUCGCCAAGGACCUGGACACUCUCAACCGGAAGUACACGACCCUCCUCGGCCUUCUUCAGGAAAGGGCCAAAAAACUAACGCUGAUGUUUCCCGAUGAUCUUUCCCUUCAGCGCGCCCUUCGGGAGCAGCGGCCCCUGCGGACCUUCCGCACGGAGUUCAACAUCUACGAGAGCUCCUCCAGCGAGGAGAGGUACACUUCCGUCACGACGCACUACACCCAGUCUCAGUACACAAGCGAGCGGCAUGAGUCCUCGGAGGAGACGACGCGGGUGUCGAACUCGGAGGUGGUGAACUCCCUGGAGUCGUCACCGCUGAAGCGGCCGCUGGGGCUGGAAGGGUGCACCCCGGAUGGCCCCGGCGGCGGCGGGGGCGGGGGGAUGCGGUUCAGCGAGAUCCGGAGCCUGAAGAGGGUGCACCGGGCCGAGGAGGGCAUCGGCACGGACAACGUGAUCGAGGCUCGGGGCAUCCUGCACCCGGAGACCGGCGAGUCGCUGACGGUGGGCGAGGCAAUCGGGCUGCGCGUCCUGGACGUCCGGAACGGGCGGAUAGCGACGGUGGGUCCGGACGGGAAGAGCGGUAGCGUCGGCAUCGAGGAGGCGACGAGGCUAGGGCUGAUCGAGCGGGCCCUGGCCGAGCGACUCCUGGGGCCGUGCGGGGUGACCGAGGAGGGCCGGCGAGUGUCUCUGCUGGAGGCGAUCCAGCGGGAGCUCCAGGAGGCCGAGCGAGGCGACGACCGCGUGAAGGUAACGUACGCGGCCUCGGGGGUCGGCGUUGCGGAUGCGACUCGUCCUGGCCUGAUCGACCCGGAGACGGGCCUCUUCGUGGUGGCGAACGGGGAGCGCAUCGCCGUGGAGGAGGCUCACUCCCGCGGGUACUUGGUCAGGCUGGACGCCAGGGUCGAGAUUAGGCGCGGGGCCCUGGCGCUGGCCGACGCGGUGGCCCAGGGUCUGGUCGACGAUAAGCUAGGCAGGGUCCUGGACCGCGACACGGGCGAGCACCUCCCCCUCGACCAGGCGGUAGCUAGGGGUAUCGUAGACGCGAAUGUCAGGGAGGUGGUGGACGCGAGGAACGACCUUAAGGUGACGGUGGCGGAGGCGCUGCGCGCGGGCAUCCUGAACCCGAAGACGGGUCGGUACGUGCACGGCCUCUCCCUGGAGAAGCUGGCCCUGGCCGAGGCGCGCCGGCGUCGACUGAUCGCGAAGCCCCUGUCGCUGAAGGACUGCCGGGACCUGGGGCUCCUGGACGACCAGGGCAGGAUCUCCAGCCCCGCGCGCGGGGAGCGGCUUUCUAUCCAGGAGGCCCUGGACAGGGGCGUCCUGGACGCCGAGGGCACCAGGUCCGUUGUCGAUGCCGAGAGCGGCGAGGCGUACACGCUCGCCGAGGCCCUGGCCAGAGGCCUGGUGCUGCCGGAUGGCCGCUUCAGAGACACCCGGGAAAGUCGGGGGAUUACCAUCCAGGAGGCCGUCGACCGCGGCCUCGUCCUCUCCUUCGCGCAACGGUCCAUAUUCGACGUAGACGGCUUUAAGGACCCGGUGUCCGGAGAGUUCGUCAGCCUGAACGCUGCGCUCCUAAAGGGCCUGGUCAGCCCUAAGGACGGGGGCUGCUUCGUGGUGGACCCGAAGACAGGGAAAACGGUCACCUUGGACGAUGCCGUCCAAGAGGGCCACGCCAGGCCAGAGGUCCUGGACUCGUUGCGACGAGGCAUCGGGGUCAUGGACCAGGGUAGAGAGAUCAGCGCGCUGGAGGCGGUGCUUCUGGGUCUGCUGGACCCCAGAUCGGGCCAGCUCCUGGAUCCCAGGACGAGGAGGACCGUUCCCCUUGAAGAGGCCAUUAAACGUGGGCUCGUCACGCCCGAUGGGGCCGCCUUGCUGGCCAGUCUUCUGAAUGUUACCGUGACUACGCAAACCGUGACCAGGACCGUUAAGAAGGUCGUCACCGUUACCGAGACCGGGGAGACCGUGACGAGGGACUACGCCGUCUCCUACGAGGAGGCCAGGAAACGAGGAUUGAUCGACGAGGAGAAAGAGCAGUUCCGGCACCCUGAGACGGGACAGAUCUUGGACAUCAGGGAGGCUAUCCAGGAAGGUCUACUGGGCGACCCCGAGACGUCUAGAGGGUCUUCAGGGGGGACCAGGACCUCGCCGUCCAGGAAACCGACGUACGAGACUACCUUCACUACGAACAUAGGAGACGCGAGGGACUCGACGAGUCCUAGAGCAGUGGGAACGACGACCACCGUAGUCACCAGGGAAGUGGUUCCUCCACCUUCGCCCACCAAGUACGUCUCCGUCUCGGUCACGCCUUCCCCGGUGAGUGGAAGCGACGGUAACGUCAUUCCUGCGUCCAGCACUUCCGUUUCCUCCACCGACUGGUCCUCCGCCAGGGAAGAGUCCUUGUCGCCGAGCAAGCCGCGCUCUCCCUCGAGGACGAUCUCUUCGGCGUCGACUUCAAGGUCCGCGUCCACUUCCCCGGUGAAAAGGGACGAUCGAGCUGGCUCGAGUUCCCAAAAAUCCAGCCCUGAGAGGAGUUCCUCGAAAGAGGGGUCCGAGGAAGGAUUCUCGAGGUCGACCUUCAAGAGCUACCGAGAUGAGACCACUGAGUUCGUCCGGUCCUCGACCGAGAGGAAGGUCUUCGAACUGCCCACGGACGGGUGGACCCUGGCGGAGGCCAUCGAGAGGAAGCUCUUCGACCCCGUCACCGGGCUCUUCAUCAUCCCCGGGACCGACAGACUGGUCUCCUUCGAGGAGUGCGUCAAACUGCAGAUCAUCGACCCUGUAUCCGGCCUGGUGAUCGACCCCAACAACGGCAGGAAGGUGUCCUUGCUGAGAAGCCUGGAGAAGGGGAUCCUGGACUCUACUGGGCACUACGUCCAGCCCACGAAGAUCUCCAUGAAGGUGGCCCUGGAAAAGGAGUUGAUCAUCCUGCAGCACAGGGCUCCAGAGGUCGACGCCACGAAUCAGCGACUCCUGCAGAUCACCAAGGUCUCGGGGAUGCCCGACAAAGUGUCGGUCUCCAACGUUCGGGACUCUUCUAAAUACACGGAAAUUAGGAGCGCCGAUGAGUCGAACACCUUGGACCCGGUCCAGGUGACCCGAGGGGUCAUCUACGACCCGGCGACGGCAUUGGUCAUCUUCACGGAAACCGGAGGGUCUGCUAACCUCCUGGCAGCGGUCCACGAGGGGACCUUGCAACCCGAGGCGGUGAUAGUCAAGGACCCGGCAAGUGGGAAAGACCUGGGGCUCAUAGAAGCCGUCAACCGGGGAAUCCUCGACCCCAACACUGGAGACUACGUGGACCAGUCUGGACGGAAGAUCUCUCUAGCGGAUGCUGCCAAAUUUGGAGUAGUAGCGGUCCUAGGAGCGCCCUUGGUCGCGGCUGCAGCAGCCGUGGAGGCGGUGAAAAGAGCCAUGGUGGAGGAUCCUAAAACUGGGGAGAAAAUCCCUAGGGAAGUCGCUAUCAACAGAGGACUAGUUCCACCGGACAAGAUCACCAAGUCGGAAAUAGCCGCCACAACGAUGAACGAUCAAGACCAAGUCGCGGCUGCAACCGAGGAGACGGGCGAAAAAACCAUGGUGGAGGACCCUAGGGCUGGGGAGAAAAUCCCUAGGGAAGUCGUCGUCAACAGAGGCCUAGUUGCACCGGACCAGAUUACCAAAACGGAAAUGGUCGCCGCAAGAAUCGAUGAUGAAGACCAAGUCACGGAUGCAACAGUUGAGACAGUCAAGAAAGUCAUGGUGGAGGACCCUAGAAACGGGAAGAAAAUCCUUAGGGAAAUCGCCAAAGGUCUCGUUCCACUGGACAAGGUGAUCACGAAGACCAAAGAGGUCAUCACGAGGUUCAACGUUCUGGAUCCGACAACGGGGGAGGAGAUCUCGGCGGAGGAAGCGGUGUCUAGAGGUAUCAUCUCACCUGAGACUAUUCAGGAACUGUCUGCGUCACCCGAGGUCAAGGUAAUCCCUGAAGAAGGAGGUACGUCCACCAGAGAUGUGGUCGACCAGGUAGAAGUGUCCCUGGCGGAGAAGACGAGGAGUCGAGUGACCACGGAGCCCAAGUUCAAGGUCACCAUAGGCAGAGCCAGGUCGCUUUCCAGGAGCCCGGAAAGGGAAGCGAAGCCCAUCGUCCUGCAGAAGAUGCGGAAGAGGGUGGUGAAGCCUAGAGACGCGGUGGAGAACGGGAUGAUCGACCCCGUAACCGCGGAUAUCCUGGAGAAGAAGAUCGUGGACGAAAGGGGCGAGCCUAUUACCCUGGUAGAAGCCGUAGAGAGUGGCAGGAUCCACCCUGAAGAGGGCCGCGUCGUGGACCCCCAGCGAGGCGACGUCCUCGACAUCGGAGAGGCUCUUCGACGCGGAGUCCUGGACCGCGACAGCGGGAACCUAUUAGUGCCUUUGGCGAGAAGCCUUUCAGUUCCUGGAUUAUACAGACAAGGACUUCUCGACCCCCAGGAGGGCAAGGUGGUGCACCCUGAAACAGGCGUCCACCUGACCCUGAACGAGGCCAUAACCUGCGAGGUCGUCGACCCGCUGUCCAAGGUCGCCAUAACUGAAGACGAUGAGAUCACCCUUGAGAGCGCAAUUGCCAGCGACGUGGUCGACGGGGAGAGGUCCUUGCUGAAGCGGCCUGACGGCCCCGUGACCUUGGUUCAGGGUGUCGAGAGGAAGAUGUUCGCCGAAGUGAGACCAGAGGACAGCUCCGAGAUCCCCCCUGCAGGCAUGACUUUCCCAGUUGCCUUGAAGCGCGGCCUCGUGGACCCUAAAGAGGGCAAGGUCAGGCACCCCAUCACCGGGGAGCUCUUCGCCCUGGAGAACGCCAUCGACGACGGGUUCAUAAUGUCCUUGCCUUAUCCAGCAGCACCUGAUAACAUAGAAGUAACAAAAGCGGUGGAGUCUGGCCUCUUAGACGCAGACAAGGGCGUCCUGGUGCAUCCGACCACCGGGGUCCUGGUCCCUGUGGACGAAGCCGUGCUGUCCGGCCUCCUGGUCGUCGGGAAUUCGAAGAAGGAAGGCACUGUCACAGCAGUCACGGAGACCGUUACCUCCUACCACACCAUCACCACGAAGACGGUCCAGCUGCAGCCAGGGUACGUGCUCCUGAGCGCCACCGAAGUGCAGGACGUGGCCUCUGGGGAAGUGAUCCCUGUCGAAGAGGCUCGCAGCAGGGGCCUCCUCAAGGACGAGUCCGAGACCAAGGAGGAGUUCACCACCAGGGACAUAAAAGUGGCCUUCAGCGACGCCGUCGAAAAGGGACUCGUGGACAUCACCGCGGGGACUUACACGGAUCCUGACACGGGGACCGUCAUGCCCAUCGCCAGGGCAGUGCAGGUGGGUAUCCUUGACACUUCUUCAGGUACCAAGGAUCAGAGGGACGUGCCGAAUUCCCCUGAAAGAACCUCGGACCAAAACAGUCUCACCGUCCUUGAAGCAGUGGAACGGAUCUAUGAUGAAGAGACCGGGAAGUUCAAGGACCCCGUUACCGAGAAGUCGUACGACCUUGAAGAGGCCAUCGAGGUAGGUCUGAUCGAGUCGGACUCCAUGGUUUAUGACGUGAAGACUUCGGAACGAGUCACUACCAAGGAGGCGGUACAGAGGGGCAUCCUGGACCCGAAGACGGGGAAGGUCAAGGACGACAAGGGUGCAUCUAUGUCCAUCGCUGAUGCAGCGAAGUUGGGGCUCCUCGCAGUGGUUGCUGCGCCGGUUUUGGCGGGGAAAGCAGUCGUGGAUGCCCUGAAGAGCAAGGAACCCCAGGAGAAGAGAGCAACUCCGGCUCCGAUCAAGGAUAUUGGUUCCGGAAAGGAGGUGAGAUCUCCCGGAAAAACCACUCCAAGGAUACCCUUAGAAGAGAAGGAUGUAUCAGUCCUUAAAGAGUACCCUGAAGAGAGAGAAGUCAUCUCCAUUCCUGAAGACUUGACUCCUUCCAUGAUGACGACCACCAAGACCAUCGACAAGGAACGGAAAGAGCCUAAACCUUGUCAGAUACUUCUGAACGAUGAAGAGCUCCCACAAGCCGAACAAUCUGCAGCGGAAGACGCGAAUGAAAUAGAUGCGUUGGAGACCGAGGUAUUUGAUGAAGAAUCGGGGAUGUGCGAGGUCGGCUCCAUAUUCAAGGUCAAGAUCUCAAAGGACCUCACGGCGGAGGUCCUGGCCGAGCUGGGAGCCUUCGACCUAGAGGCGGAAAAAUUCGUGGACCCUUAUUCCGGAGAAAUCGUCCCCUUCAACGACUUCGUCCUGGCGUUGGAAAUUCUGGACCUUGAGGACGUCCUCGUGAAGGAUCCGUCCAGCAAGACCGAGAGGUACGUGACCCUCAGACAAGCGAUCCAUAAGCCACUUCUGGAUAGGAAUCUAGGAUACAUGGUGGACCCGAAGACCGGGAAGAAGGUACCCUUCUUCGAGGCGAUCCAACUGGGUUGGAUCCAGCAGAGAGAACCAGAACUUGAAGAGCGACCAGCUCUGACUCUCCAGGAAGCCGUUGAGACGGGAAUCUGCAAUCCCGCUAGCGGGGCCUUGAAAGAUCCUGGAACAGGAGAUGAACUGACCUUGAUGCAGGCCUUGAACUCUGGUCUGAUCGAUGCCGACUCGGUGGGAAUCAGAAAUCCAGCGAAUGAUGAAAUAGUGCCUCUUCUAGAAGCCGUGGAAGCUGGCAUCGUGGACGAAAAGAGAGGCGUCAUCAUCAACGUCGAGACGAGAACGGAGGUGGACCUGAAAGUGGCGUUCCUAAAGGGGCUGGUGCUUCCUGGUCUGCGGAAACCCAUCUCCUUGGAAGCCGCCAUCAACAAGGGGCUCUACCAUGAAGAGAGUGGCCUGAUAGAGGAUGGGUUGACGAAGCAACGGGUCGACGUCGAGGAAGGCGUGCGGAGAGGCAUCCUGGACGCAUUCAUCACCGAGUGCCAGGACAGCAGGGCCGGGGCCUUCGUGUCCUUGGACGACGCCUUGACGAUGAAGCUGUUGAACCCCAUGACGGGUCGCAUUCGAGACACCAAGACGGGAGAGUUGCUGCCCCUGCAGGUGGCGUUGCACAGAGGGCUGAUCAUCACCACGCCGUUCGUCCCCACGCUGAUCGACGUUAUCGUCCAGGAAUAUUAUUCCCCCAGGUCGGGCCUGGUGCUGAACCCCAUGAGCGGGGACGAGCUGACGGUGAAGGAGGCCCUGGCGAUCGGCUACGUGGACGGGCGGUCCAUUAAAGUAAAGGACGACCGACACGACCUGGUCGUAUCCCUGGAGGAUGCCGAAGAAAGCGGAUUAAUGGACCUGGAGGGAGGCCUGCUGACAAGUCCCCACCCCAUGACCCUGGACGUGGCCUUCGAAAAGGGGUACAUCCUGUCCACCGUGAAGCCCUGGACGGUUCAGGAAGCGCUGGCCCACCAGAGCUACGACCCUGUUACCAAGAACUUCGUGAUAGACGGGCAGAAGCUGUCCCUGGAGGAGGCUAUAACCAAGGGCUACAUCUCGGUGAACAGUCCCUCGGUGAAGGACCCCAGGACCGGGGACAUAAUCUCCCUAGGCGAGGCGAUUAAACUGGGACUGAUAGACCCGAAGAACGGCACCGCCUUGGACUCCGGUACCGGGCUUCCCUUGACCCUAACCGAUGCCCUGGAUAGAGGCCUGGUGGUCCCUGCAAAGCGGAAGAUAUCCCUCCCAGAGGCCGUCUUCAAGGGCUUCUACGACCCGAAGACAGGCCACUUCGUGAGUCCUGAAACCCGGGAGAAGCUCCCAACCGAUCGAGCCAUCCGGAAAGGCGUGAUUGACCCCACGUCCGCUAUCGUGAGGGACCCUAAGGGCGACGUCAUCACCUUCAAUAGGGCCAUCGAGAGGUUCAUCGUGAACCCGAAAUCAGGAAGGAUCACCAACGAGAAGGGCCAGGCCGUAGACUUCCACGAGGCCUUCGAGAGGGGUCUCCUGCUGGAGACCAGGAGGCCGAUGAGCCUCAGCGAGGCCAUCUUCAAGAAGGUGUACGCCGAAGAGACCGGGACAUUUUUGGACCCUCAGUCAGGGUCCCACCUGACAGUCCUGCAAGCCAUAGAGAGGAACCUAAUAGACGCAGAAUCCGUCAUGGUCAAGGACACGAGGACCGUGGUCUGGGAAAAGAUCACCUUGAUAGAGGCCAUCAGGACUGGCUACGUAGAUGGGACCACCGGCAGGAUCAAGGAUCCGACGACCAGCAACGCGGAGAUGUCCUUGAGGGAGGCCUACGAGGCUGGACUCAUCGUUGACAACAAGGCCGCCGUGUCCCUGCAGAGGGCCAUUCAUCAGGGUCUCUAUGACGACCGGUCCGGGAAGAUCACGGACCCUGGUACCGGAAGAGCGGUGACCUUGCACGAGGCCAUGAGGAAGUGCAUCAUCUCUCCCACCCUGGCCUGCUACUGGGACAAAAGAGCCAACCGAUUGCUGUCCUUGGCCGAGACUUGCAGGGCCGGGGUCAUAGACAGAAGGUCGGGCAUGUUCAAGGAAGCUGGGGCGAAUUGCACAGUGCCUUUGUCCGCUGCGCUGCAGUUAGGGUUGAUAGUAGAUAUCGAAAGCGCGUCCUUUGGUCUGUACGAAGCGCUGGCCAUGGAGCUGUACGACGUCGCCACCGGGAGGUUCGUCCACCCCUCGAGCCAGAAGAAGCUGACCUUGGCCGAGGCCUGCCAGAAGGACCUCGUCAACCCUUUGACGUCCAUUGUGAAGGACAUGAAGACCAACAGAUACAUCCCCCUGCCCGAAGCCACCAUGUUGGGGAUAGUCGACGAGAUCCGGGGGACCUAUAAGAUCCUCGAUACGGACCAGGUCGUGUCUCUUCAGGAGGCCAGGAAAAGGGGCCUCGUUGUGCCCUCUUCAAGGCCGCUGUCCAUCGAGGAGGCGGUAAGAUGCGGCCUCUACCGAGGAGACAGUGGGAAAUUCGCUGAUCCUGUGAGUAACGAAUUCCGCGACAUCGCCCAGGCUUUGAGCUCCGGUCUACUCGACCCUGAGACCACUGCCCUGAAGGACGCAACGACCGGCCAGAUAAAGUCGCUUCUUCAAGGCAUAGAGGAUGGCACCGUCGACGUCCCUAGAGGCAGAGUCCUGGACCCGAAGAGCAAGCGCACGUACAACAUGGAUGUGGCCUUGGAACGGGGGCUUCUGGUCACCCUGGAGAAGACCUUGACGCAAAGACCGGACCGCGCCGUGACCUCGGACACCCUGAAGACCACCCCAAAGAACAGAUGCAUCCGAGAGUGCACCUUGGAAGAGGCUAUCGGGUACGAGCUGUUGGAUCCUGAGACAGCGGUCUUGAAGGAUCGCAACACCGGGAAGUGGGUCACUCUGGGUACUGCCUUGAAGGAGGGCCUGGACCCCCUGAAGAGGGGCACCCUGGAGCCCCGGACCGGAAAAGGGGACUCCAGAGUCGUGCGCUUUGGAGACACGAGCGUCUUCUACGAGCAGCCUCCGGCUUUCGAGACUGCCGUGGAGAAGGGCCUGCUGGUCCUGGAGACUGGAAGAUUCACUCACCCUGACACCGGCGAGGUCUUCACCCUGAAGGAGGCCGUUACCCUCGGCCUCGUUGACCCCGAUUCGGCGCUCAUCAAGGACCUGCAAAAGAAGAAGCUGGUGAAGCUCCCGGAGGCCUUUAGGAAGGGCAUGAUGGACGCGGAGAAGGGCAGCGUCCUGGACACCAUGACCUCGAAGCUCUACAGCUUACCCAGGGCGGUGGAGUCAGGGUUGCUCAGCACCCAGAAGCAGGGCCUUGGGUUUAUUGAGGCCCUUCAGUUUGGCUUGUACAACCCCACGACCGGAGGGUUCCGCGACCCCUUCGUUGAGACCUCCGUGCUAGAAAGAAAAAGACUCACCCUCGGCGAAGCUGUCGAGGCUGGCUUGAUUGACCCCUCCAGCACCGUUAUCAAGGACCCCAUGACCGGUGCCAUUACCGGGCUUUUAGAGGCGGUUAGCAUGGGUAGGGUUGACCCCGUAGCUGGUAGGUUAAUGCAGGACCCGGAAGGCAAUGGCCUCGACUUCCUCAAGGCCUUGGAGCGCGGUUACGUUCUCGCAGCCGAAGCCAGGCAAGCGGUCGAGGAGAAGUACAAGCUGUGCGACGAGACCCUGACGAAGUUGCUGCAGUGGAUUUCCGAGGUCGAGGACACCCUGGCCAGCCAGGACGUCGUCAAAGAAGACAUCGAGGACCUGAGGAACCAAAUCAACAGCCUAAAGCAAGUGAAGGAGGACCUAGAAUCGCACAGUCGACCCGUGUCCUCUUGCUUGGAUCAGGUCCGCCAAGUCGUCCUGACAGGCAGCGAUGUCCUGUCGAGUGACGAAGUCUCGACAUUGGAGAAAAAUGGAAGGUCCUUGAAAUCUCGCUUCGACAGAGCAACCGAUCGCACCGACAAGUUGCUAAAACGUAUGACCGGUGCCAGAGAUGAGCUGACGAAGUUCAAGAACGAGAUUGCCUCCUUCUCUUCAUGGCUGGACAAGGCAAGACGCAUCCUGGAAGACAAGGAGCGCUCCUUGUCCGACCUGCACAAAUUGACCAGCAGUGCGGAUUCUACUCGCGACUUCAUCAGCGACGUGAUAGCCCAUCAAGCAGACCUCCGUUUUAUCACAAUGGCGGCCCAGAAAUUCGUCGACGAGGGCAAAGAGUACCUUCAAAUCUUGAACGACUUCCGGACCAGUCUUCCUCAGCGACUGCCCCAUAAGGAGCCCCUGGCUAGCCAGGACUCCCCUGUCAGGAGCGAGGUGACUAUAGUCACGGCAAGGUACAAGGACCUCCUGUCGCGCGCCAACAGCCUCUCCGACAGGCUCUCCGGGGUAGGUGGAAGGCAACGAGACUACCAGGAUUCCCUGGAGAAGGCCAGGAACUGGCUGAAGGAGGUGGAGCCGAAGGUGCACCGCAUCAUCGGGGAACCCGUCGCCGCAGAGCCGAAGCAGGUCGAGGAGCAGCUCGGCAAGGCCAAGACCCUGAACAACGAGUUCCUGGCGAACGAGCGGCUGAUCGACAACGCCAAGUCCAGCGUCGUCGCAUUGUUGAGGGCCCUGGAUGGACAGUUAACCCCCAUCGAAGCCAACAACCUGGAAGAACCCGUGAAAGAGCUGGAGGACAAGUACAGGCAGCUCAGCAACGCUCUGGCCGAUAAGUGCCAGGAACUCGACACCGCCUUGGUGCAGAGCCAGGGGGUCCAGGACGCUCUGGAUGGAUUGGUCAACUGGCUCAACAAUGCCGAGACCCAAUUCAAGAAUCUACAGCGACCGGCGAGUCUCCAAAAGGAGCGCCUGGAGGAGCAGCAACGAGACCAGCGUGUCCUGCAGGCCGACCUGGACAGCCAUCGAGCCAGCGUCGAGGCGAUCAGCACUAGUGCCCACGAUCUACUUCUGAAUUCCAGCAACGCCCGGGUAGCAAAACGCAUCGAAGGCAAACUCAAGGACGUGCAGAGCAGAUUCGAGAAGCUGCUGGACAAGUCGCUCCGCCGUGGCGAGUUCCUGGACGAGAUUUCGCAGGCGCUGGGCGAGUUCCUGGCGCAGACGUCCAAGUUCGACUCCUGGUACGCUCACAUGGUUGAGGCCCUGGAGUCCCGAGAGACCAGCAAGCUCGACGUGUCCGAGUACGAGACCAGGAUGGCGCAGCUGUCGGACAAGCGAGAGGACCAGAGAGGCAACUUCGAGGACCUGGUGCGCAACGGCAAGGGCCUUGUCUCCAAGAAGGACAUCACCGACGCCGCGCCCAUCAGGGACAAGAUCAAGGCUCUCGAGUCCCAGUGGAAGGAGCUCGGCAACCUCCUCGAGGAGAAACAGAGGCUCAGCAGGUCCAGGGCGGAGCAAUUGUCCGCCUACGAGAAGCUGAAGGACCAGGUCGUCGACUGGCUCACUCGCACCGAGAGCAAGGUCCAGAGGCUGCAACCCGUUGCCGUGGACCUGGAGAAGCUGAAGAAGCAGGUCGAAGAGCUGAAGCCUGUACAUAAGGAAUACCGGGAUUAUGGCGUCACCGUGGACAAGGUCAACGACCUCGGCAUGGCGUAUGACAGUCUCCUGAAGGAGCGAGGAGAAAGCCCCACCAGGAGACGAGGAAGCACCAGCCCUACGAAGAGGUCCAGCAUCACUAGCCCCCUACGUCGAAUGUCACAAGACGGUCGCUCACCAUCCCCUACUAAGACCUAUGCGGUUCAAAGUCCGGUCUCCCCAGGUGGUAGCAGCGGAUUCAGCAGCCGGCGAUCCAGCCAGGAUGGCUUCCAUCUGGAAGAGCUCUCGCCGGUUCAGCAGCAACUGUCUGAAAUUAACAACAGAUACAGUUUGCUAGGUGUCAGAUUAGCGGACAGGCAGACAGAAUUAGACAACGUCAAAGAAGAGCUCAGGAAACACCUGGACAACCUGAAGACGCUCUCCCAAUUCCUGGACAAGGUCCAACGCCAGCUGCCCAAGGAGAUCAUCCCCGCGACCAAGGAGGAGGCUGACAAGACGGCCAAACAGAUCAAGCUGGUAAUCGAAGAGCUGUACGAGAAGCAGUCGUUAUUAGACAGCACCAGGACGCAGGUGCGAGACCUGGUGAGACGUAAGAAGGACGCCGAAGGCGUCGACAGGUUGAACGACGAACUCGAAGACGUGGCCAGUCGGUGGAAGUCCAUUUCCGACCGGUGCAAGGACAGGAUCAAGUUCCUCGAGGACAUCAAGGAGUUCCACGACACCUACGAGGGUCUCCACUCCUGGCUGGGAGCAAAAGAGAGGAUGCUGGGUGCGUUGGGUCCGAUUUCCUCCGACCCCAGGAUGGUCGCCAGCCAGGUGCAACAGGUGCAGGUCCUUCGGGAAGAGUUCAGGACCCAGCAGCCGCAGCUGGACCACCUGGUCCAGGUCGGAGAGAACGUCCUGGCCAGGGUCAGCGUGGAGUCUCCGGAUGGGCAGAAGAUCAGCGCGAAAUUGAGCAACGUUCUCCAAAGAUGGUCCGACCAGUUGGCCAGGUUGGACGAGCGAGCCCAAAGCUUGGGCGACGCCGUGGACACCAGUCGGGAGUUCGACGCCAGUCUGAACAGACUCAGAGACGCUCUUCAGGGUAUCUCCGACAACCUGGACGAACUCCCUCUGGACAAGGACCCUGAGGAGCAGCUGAGAAAAAUCGAGAAUCUGGAGCGACAGUUGGAAGGCCAGAGACCUCUUCUUGCAGAUGCUGAAGCAGCCGGUGCCCAGCUUUGCGAGGUCUUGAGCGACCCUGCCUCCAGGUCCGAGAUCCAGGGUAAACUUGCCACUGUUGGGAAGCUGUACAACAACCUGCAGAAGAAGCUGGACCACAGGAAGGCAGAGGUCGAGGGCAACCUGAGGGACGGCAGACAAUUCGAGGCCUCUUGCAGCAAAACUCUUGGCUGGCUCGCCGACGAACUGGGCAACAUGUCCGAGAAGCUGCUCAUUUCGGCCGAUAGAGAGGUUCUUCAGCAACAGCUGGACCACCAUGAACCCGUUUACCGAAACGUUAUGGGCAAGGAACACGAGGUCAUCAUGUUGCUCAACAAGGGUCGCGACAUCCUGGGAAGACCCCAGAAGACGGAGAACCGCGCUCUUCAGCGAGACCUUGACAAAAUGCAAUCUCAGUGGGAUAGGUUGAAGAAGGACACCGUGGACAGGCACACGAGGCUUCAGACUUGUGCUGAACACUGCAAGAAGUACUACAGGGCUCAGGAUCUUUUCCUCCCGUGGCUGAGACAAGCUGAGGAUAAAUUGGAGAGCCUGAAGCCGGCCUCGUUUAAACGCAAGGAUAUCGAAAAACAACUCAAGGAACUCUCGUCCUUCAGGAACGAGGUGUGGAAGAGGUCUGGCGAGUUCGAAAAUAACAAAACUCUGGGUGAGACCUUUGUCGGAGCUUGCGACAUCGACAAGGAAGUCGUGAAGAACGAGCUCGCGGCCAUGAGAACAAGAUGGGACAAAUUGAACAAUGACCUCUUGGAGAGAACGCAAUCCCUGGAAGACACGGCGCGACAUCUGACCGACUUCAACGAGAACUUGAGAGACGUCCAGCAUGGUUUGCAGCGUUGCGAGGAUAAGUUGGCCUCUCACGACGCACUUGGCGGAGCAUCAAAGGACCCUAAACUUCUUGACAGAAUAAAGAAUUUACGAGAAGAGACGCUGAGUUUGAAGAAGCCCCUGCUCGCCGUGAGGCAGCAGGCCAACGACCUCAUGCACAAGGCUGGGGAACAGGGAGUAGACGCGAGUCAUCUCCAGGACGAGGUGGACAACAUCACGGACCGCAUAGAAGACCUGCAGGCGAAGCUGGACGACAGGUGCAGCGAGCUGCAAAGUGCAGCUACCGCAGUGGCGCAGUUCACGGACCUGGUGAAGAAUCUGAGCCACGACUUGCUGACCGUAGAGAAGGAGCUGGACUCCAUGAAAGCUCCAGGUCGAGACAUAAAAACGGUGCGAGGUCAGAUCGAAGACAUAGGCAAGGUGAUAGGAAAGAUCAACCGACUGUCCGACGAAGUGGCCGACGUCGUGGGCUCCGGGGAACGGCUGGUAGAUUCCGGGUUCGCCCCUGAUGCCGUCGCCACCAGGGACCAGGUCGACAACCUGAAGAGACUCCUCGGCAAGCUCGAUGAACGAGCCCGGAACAGGGACGACGAGCUCAGCGACACCUUGAACAAGCUCCAGGAAUUCUACCACGCCCAUGGAGACGUCAUGGACGACAUCGCCGAGGCCAGCGACCAGGUAAAGAAGUUCAAGCCGGUGGGGUCGGAGGUUGACUCCAUCAGGGUUCAGCAGGAGGACUUCAGGGCCCUGAAGACGAACAAAAUCGAGCCCAUCGGUCGCGCGGUAGACGACUGCAAUCUCCUGGGCCAGGCUUUGGUACAGACCGCCGGUAGGGACGUGAACACCGGGAACAUCGAAAAAGACCUGGACAAGAUGAACGAGAAGUGGAACGACCUGAAGGACAGGCUGAACGAGCGCGACCGGAAGCUCGACGUCGGGCUGCUGCAGUCCGGUAAGUUCCAGGAAGCUCUGGAGGGUCUUGAGAAAUGGUUAGCGGACACCGAAGAGAUGGUGGCCAACCAGAAACCCCCGUCUUCGGACUACAAGGUCGUGAAGGCCCAACUACAGGAGCAGAAGUUCUUGAAGAAGAUGCUGCUGGACAGACAGAACUCCAUGUCGUCGCUCUUCAACAUGGGGCAGGAGGUCGCAGGGGGCGCGGACCCGAAGGAGCGCAAGUACAUCGAGAAGCGCCUGAAGGACCUGAUGGGCAGGUUCGACAACCUGACCGACGGAGCCGCGGAGCGGAUGGACGCUCUGGAGAGGGCUAUGAACGUGGCGAAGACGUUCCAGGACAAGCUCGUCCCUCUGGCCAUCUGGCUGGAUAAAACCGAGAAGAAGGUGAAGGACAUGGAGCUGGUGCCCACCGACGAGGAGAAGAUCCAACAGCGCGUCUCGGAGCACGACGUCCUGCACGACGACAUUCUCUCCAAGAAGCCGGACUUCAGCGAGCUGACGGAGAUCGCCAGCUACCUGAUGAGCCUGGUAGGUGAGGACGAGGCCGCGACCCUGGCCGACAAGCUGCAGGACGCCGCGGACAGAUACGCCACCCUGGUGGAGCGAUCGGAGGCCCUAGGAAGCCUCCUCCAGAGGUCUCGGCAAAGCCUUCGGCACUUGGUCCUGACCUACCAGGACCUCCAGGCCUGGAUGGACGGGAUGGAGCUGAGACUAUCCAAGUACCGCAUCCUCGCGGUGCACACGGAGAAGCUCCUCCAGCAGAUGGAGGACCUGGCCGACUUGACCGAGGAGGUCUCCAGCAGACAGAUCGAGGUGGACAGCACAACGGAUUCCGGGCUGGAGCUGAUGAAGCACAUCUCCAGCGACGAGGCCCUGCGUCUAAAGGACAAGCUGGACUCCCUGCAGCGGCACUUCAACGACCUGGUGACUCGGGGGUCCGACCUCCUGAAACACGCCCAGGAGGCGCUGCCCCUGGUGCAGCAGUUCCACGACAACCACAACCGGCUGAUGGACUGGAUGCAGGGUGCAGAGUCGGCUCUGCAAUCGGCGGAGCCUCGCGAGGAGGAGAUCAUCAGAUUGGAGAUGGAGAUCUCGGAGUACAGAUUGGUCCUGGACAAAAUCAACACCGUGGGUCCCCAGCUGUGCCAGAUUUCCCCCGGAGAGGGGGCGGCCACGAUCGAGGGUCUGGUGACCCGAGACAACAGAAGGUUCGACGCCAUCGCCGAGCAGAUCCAGAGGAAGGCCGAACGGAUCCAGCUCAGCAAGCAGCGGUCCCUGGAGGUGAUCGGCGACAUCGACGACCUGCUCGACUGGUUCCGGGAGGUGGACAACCAACUGAGAGAGGCCGAGCCGCCGAGCAGUGAGCCGGAGAUCAUCAGGGUGCAACUGAAGGAGCACAAGGCCUUGAACGACGACAUCUCGAGUCAGAAGGGCAGGGUCAGGGACGUCAUCUCCACCGCGAAGAAGGUCAUCCGGGAGAACGCGCAGCACGAAGACACCUCGACCAUCAGGGACAAGAUGGAGGACCUGAGAGAGACCAUGGAGAUCGUGUCGGCCCUCUCAUCGGACAGGCUGGGAGCUUUGGAACAGGCUCUUCCGUUAGCCGAGCACCUCAGGGACACUCACCUGGGUCUCGUCGGCUGGCUGGAAGAGGCCGAACACCAGAUCGCCAUGCUGCCCAUGCCGGCUCUCAGGCCGGACCUCAUCGCCGCCCAACAGGACAAGAACGAAUACCUGGUGCAGAGCAUCAACGAGCACAAGCCGCUGGUCGAGAAGCUCAACAAGACCGGCGAGGCGCUCAUAAAGCUCUGCAACGAGGAGGAGGGAGUGAAGGUCCAGGAUGUCCUGGACAACGACAAUGCCCGGUACGCCGCGCUGAGAGCCGAGCUCAGGGGUCGCCAACAGGCUCUCGAGCAAGCUCUUCAGGAAUCCUCCCAGUUCUCGGACAAACUGGAAGGCAUGUUGAGGGCUUUGUCCUCCACGGCUGACCAGGUCCAUGGAGCCGAGCCCGUCAGUGCCCAUCCUCCGAGGUUGAGGGACCAGAUGGAGGAGAACGCCGCCCUGGCCGAUGACCUCGCCCAGAGGUCCGAAGCCUAUGCGGCCGUCAGGAAAGCUGCCGACGAUGUCAUCAGCAAGGCCGGGAACAGGGCAGAUCCUGCGGUAAAGGACAUCAAACGCAAGCUGGAGAAGCUGAACAAACUGUGGACGGAGGUGCAGAAAGCCACGUCGGACAGAGGGCUGACCUUGGACGACACCCUGGCGAUUGCCGAGAGGUUCUGGUCCGAGCUGAAUGGCGUCAUGUCCACCCUGAGGGAGCUGCAGGACGCCCUCGCAGGCCAGGCUCCACCUGCCGCUCAACCUGCGGCUAUUCAGCAGCAACAAGUCGCUCUGCACGAGAUCAGACAGGAAAUUGAUCAGACCAAGCCGGAUGUCGAGCAGGUGCGAGCUUCCGGACACGAGCUCAUGGGGCUUUGCGGAGAACCCGACAAACCGGAAGUCCGGAAGCACAUAGAAGACCUCGACCAGGCCUGGGACAACGUCACCGCGUUGUAUGCCAGACGCGAGGAGAACCUUAUAGACGCCAUGGAGAAGGCCAUGGAGUUCCAUGAGACCCUGCAGAACCUGCUGGAGUUCCUUGAAGAAGCCGAAGACCGCUUCGCCGCCAUGGGGCCCCUUGGCAGCGACAUCGACGAGGUCAAGAGGCAGAUCAAACAGCUCGCCAAUUUCAAGACCGAGGUCGAUCCUCACAUGGUCAAGGUCGAGGCCCUCAACAGACAAGCAGCAGAGCUGACCGAGAGGACAUCAUCGGAACAAGCGGCUGCGAUAAAGGAGCCCCUGGGAGCCGUAAAUCGGCGCUGGGAUGGACUUCUGAGAGGAGUGGUUGAACGUCAGCGACUCCUGGAGAACGCUCUUCUCCGUCUGGGCCAGUUCCAGCACGCUCUAGACGAGCUGCUCGUCUGGAUAGACAAGACCGACAGGACCCUGGACGACCUGCGUCCUGUCGCCGGAGACCCCCAGGUGAUCGAGGUCGAGCUGGCCAAGCUGAAGGUCCUGGUGAACGACAUCCAAGCUCACCAGACAAGCGUGGACACUCUGAACGACGCGGGCAGACAGCUGAUAGAGGAUGGGAAAGGCACUGCAGAAGCUUCCACGACGGCAGAGAAACUAGGAACCCUGAACCGCCGUUGGCGAGAUUUACUGCAGCGAGCUGCAGACCGUCAAAGGGAGCUGGAGGAUGCCCUCAGGGAAGCGCAGUCCUUCACCGCCGAGAUCCAGGACCUGCUAUCGUGGCUAGGAGACGUGGACAACACCAUAGUGGCUUCUAAACCCGUAGGAGGUCUUCCGGAGACCGCAUCGGAGCAGUUGGAGAGGUUCAUGGAGGUGUACAACGAGCUGGAGCAAAACCGACCGAAGGUGGAGACGGUUCUCCAGCAGGGACAGGAGUACCUGAAGAGAGCCGGGACCAGCAGCGCGGGUGGGCUGAACCACAACCUGAGGACCUUGAAACAACGGUGGGACAAUGUAACCGCCAGAGCCAGCGAUAAGAAGAUCAAGCUAGAAAUCGCCCUGAGGGAGGCCACCGAGUUCCACGACGCUCUCCAGGCCUUCGUCGACUGGCUUACGAACGCCGAGAAGAUACUGACGAACCUGAAGCCGGUGUCCAGGGUCAUGGAGACGAUCCUGGGGCAGAUAGAGGAGCACAAGGCGUUCCAGAAGGACGUCGGCGUGCACAGGGAGACCAUGUUAAAUCUAGACAAGAAGGGCACGCACCUGAAGUACUUCUCGCAGAAGCAGGACGUGAUCCUGAUAAAGAACCUCCUGGUGAGCGUGCAACACCGGUGGGAGAGGGUGGUCUCCAAGUCGGCAGAGAGAACCAGGGCGUUGGACCAUGGCUAUAAAGAAGCCAGAGAGUUCCACGACGCCUGGUCGAACCUGAUGACCUGGUUGGAGGAGACGGAGAGGACCCUCGACGAGGUGUCUGCAGAUGGAGUCGGCGGCAACGAUCCUGAAAAGAUCAAGUCCAGGUUGAACAGACACCGGGAGAUCCAGAAGGCUCUUGGCGCCAAGCAGGGCGCUUAUGAUAACACCAUGAAGAGCGGCAAAAUCCUGUACGAUAAGGCCCCGAAGUCCGACGAAGCUGCCUUGAAGGAGCUGUUGAACGAGCUGAAGAACAAGUGGACCACGGUGUGUGGCAAAUGCGUCGACAGGCAGAGGAAGCUGGAAGAGGCGCUGCUCUUCUCUGGUCAGUUCAAGGACGCCAUCCAGGCUCUUCUGGACUGGCUAAGCAAGACCGAGAAGCAGCUGUCGAACACUGGACCUCUUCACGGCGACCUUGAUACUGUUACGAACCUCGUUGAGCAGCAUAGAUCCUUCGAAGGAGACCUGGAGUCCAGGGCCUCGCAGAUGGAGUCGGUCAUCAAGACCGGAAGGGAGCUGGAGUCGAAGGCCGACCCUGAAGACGCGAGUACCAUAAGAGCCCAGCUGAGGGAAUUGAAUUCCCUCUGGGACAAGGUGACCAGGUUGUCGUCCAACAAGUCCACCAGGUUGGAGGAGGCCCUGAGGGAGGCUGAGAGACUGCACAAGGCCGUCCACGUCCUCUUAGAAUGGCUAAGCGAUGCAGAGAUGAAGCUCAGGUUCGCUGGUCAGCUUCCCGAAGACGAGCAGGAGAGUCGAAACCAGCUGAUGGAGCAUGAGAAGUUCCUCAGGGAACUCAAGACUAAAGAGGUCGAGAAGGACAACACCCUGGAGCUGGCUCACACCAUCCUCGCGAAGUCGCAUCCGGAUGGGGCUGCAGUGAUCAAACAUUGGAUCACUAUUAUACAGUCCAGAUGGGAGGAGGUGUCCACCUGGGCGCACCAGAGGAACCAACGACUCGAGAACCAUAUGCAGGGUCUUCAGGACCUUGAUAACCUCCUUGAAGAGCUUCUUGCUUGGCUUGAGGGCUUGGAGAACACUCUCAAUGCUCUGGAGGCUGAACCACUCCCUGAUGAUAGGCCAACCUUGGAGAUGCUGAUCUCUGACCACAGGGAAUUCAUGGAGAAUACUAGUCGUCGACAGAACGAAGUCGAUAGGGUGUGCAAAGCUAGACAGAUCAAGCCUAUCAAGGACGGCCGUAAAAUCUCGAAGCCGAAGACGCCCACGACGACCAGUAAGGAUCAAUCUCAGGACUAUGAUCACGAUCAUCAGCCGCUACGCAAGCAAAGCUUCAAGGGCAGCCGAGACCUUUCCCAGCCGUCGAGACAUGGAAGCCGAGCCAGUCCAGGUCGUGAGAGAACGCCAGAUCCAACAUUGCCCCACAUUGGACCACGAUUCCCACCUAAAGGAAGCAAAGGAGCCGAACCGGAAUUCCGAAGUCCACGAGUAAGACUGCUUUGGGAUCGCUGGCGACACGUUUGGUUCCUCGCCUGGGAACGUCAGCGUCGUCUUCAGGAUAAAUACAACUACAUCCAAGAGCUGGACCGCGUUGCCAACUUCAGCUGGGAAGACUGGCGCAAACGGUUCCUCAAGUUCAUGAACCACAAGAAAUCCAGGCUGACGGACCUCUUCAGGAAGAUGGACAAGAACAACGACGGACUGAUCCCGAGGGAAGACUUCAUUCAAGGGAUCAUGAACACGAAAUUCGAGACGUCCAGGCUGGAAAUGGGAGCCGUAGCCGACUUGUUUGACCGCCAGGGCGAAGGUCUGAUCGACUGGAAAGAGUUCAUAGCAGCUCUCAGACCCGACUGGGAGGAACGACGAACCUACAACGACACCGAUAAGAUUCACGACGAAGUUAAGCGACUUGUCAUGUUGUGCACCUGUAGACAGAAAUUCCGAGUGUUCCAGGUCGGCGAAGGGAAGUAUCGGUUUGGAGACAGCCAAAAGCUGCGUCUGGUGCGAAUUUUACGAUCCACCGUCAUGGUGCGUGUCGGCGGUGGUUGGGUGGCACUCGACGAGUUCCUGCUGAAAAACGACCCCUGUCGCGCCAAGGGAAGAACGAAUAUCGAGCUGCGGGAACAAUUCAUUCUGGCCGAUGGUGUCAGCCAAACUAUGACAGCGUUCAGAUCCAAACCGAGCCCGACCUCGACUCUGCAACGUUCGACAAUGUCCUCCGCUGGCCCCAUCACGAAGGUGAGGGAACGAAGUGCUCGCAGCGUGCCGAUGGGUCAAUCCAGAGCUUCAAGAUCUUCUUUGAGUGCUGGAACUCCAGACAGCCUUAGCGACAACGAGAGUUCCUUCCGCUUGUCGUCAAGGAAAACCAGUACACCGUAUAGAAGUACGCUUACUCCAGGAGGCAGUCGACCAUCCAGCAGACCAGCUUCAAGGCCGGCUUCAAGGCCAACCAGCAGACCGAGCAGCAGACCAGCAUCCAGACAAGGCAGCAAGCCAGCUAGUCGAUAUGGAUCCACUCAGUCCCUGGACAGCACUGAUGAAUCGGGAACACCUAGCCGUAUUCCUCGCAGAACUGUAGGCACGUCUGGUAAUACACCGACAUCCAGUCGACAUAACAGCGUUUCUGGCAGAAGAUUGGGAGCUCCUGUAAACGGCUCCAGUUCUCGUCCACGAACUCCAACAGGUCUCGUCAGUCCUGCGAGUGGAGCUCCUUCCAGGUUGAGCUCGAUCCAUCGAGCUUCGAGUAUACCAACCCUCUCUGGUGUCGGAACACCGAUUAGUCGCUCUAGGAUUCCUGUAUACGUUGGAGCGGACAUUAAGUCCCCGCAGUCAACAACCAGCAAUUUUUCGACUCAUUCGACACAAAGCAACCAUUCUACGAUUUCUACCGAUUCUACUGGGAGCAGCUCGGUCCGUACAAGUUCAGCAACUAACAUCCCAUCGGCUGUAAAGCAAGCAGCCAGGAAAGCAACACCAUCCAGUGGGACAUCCACACCUCUGCCUCCGAGCACGAAAUUAUCGAGGAAGCCUUCAGGAGCUUCGGACACGUCUGUCUCUACGACGCCAGUUUCCAGAAAAGGAAAACCCACGCCGAUAGACCAGAGAGCUCCAUUCCGCUUGUAAAUGUAAAACACAGGAGCAAUCGUCCGAAGAAAAAAAACACCAGGAAACACAAAGAAAAAAGGAAAAUCUCAAUCAAGAUGCUCCGAUACUUGCAAAGACCAUUCGAUGCGAAAAACAAAAAUCUAUGAAAUUUAAGAAGAAUAAGUAGCAAAAACGCCAAGAUAGGAACCGUUUCUUUAGACAUUUCAACGAUGGGAUCUUCCCUGUAGUCUAUCUCGUUUGCAUUCCUUUUAUUUGUUUUUUAAAUUAUUCAGGAGAUGAAAGUUGAUUAGGGCAGCAGAUAGGCCAACGAAGAUGCGUUGGAGAAGUUAAUCCGGCGUACAUUCGUAAUAUCGAGAGAUAAAAAAGAAGAAAAGUCCUAAUUACUCCCAUAUUCGAUGGGAGAGUAGUGAACUGAAGUGAAAAGUCCCCUUGGAUGUUUAGAGCCGAGCUUCAAAUUCCAGAACGAGGGGCUUUCACCAGACGUUCGAGAGCACGAGCUUAAAACCCGUGUAUUAUUUAUUACGCAAGGCAGAAAGGGAAGUUAGGGGAAUCUCGGAAUAGAGAAACGCAUGUGACGUGUUCCUGUAAAGUAAUUCUCAUGCAUAAUGCGUGCGACAUUUGCAUAACCUCUAUGCAGUUACAUGUCUUGCAACGCCUGUUAGCCUCUGAGUGGCAUAAAAGACUCGUUUAAAAAUAUUGACAACGGGAAGUAAUAUUUCUUUGCCAGUCUGUCAAGAAGUGUUGAUAUACUUUACGGGAAAAAAAAAAUGAAGGAAAAGGAGGAAGGUAGCGAGUCGACAUCCGCACCGGCGCGGCUCCGGUUUGGGGCAUAUAAAAAUAUUCUAUAAAAACUAUUAAACGACAGACUUAACUGCGGAUUAACAGGAGCCGCGCUCCGUACGGUGCGAUCUGUCUUGUUGAACGUUCACGAUAUAUUAAUCCUAACCUUAACCGGGUUAAUGCCGACGAUUGUCGUCCCAAGAGCGCAUAUGUAACAAUUAACAGGCAUAAUUCUAGGCUACGAAAAAAAAGUACUCGUUUAUUUUACUCAACGUAUCUCCCAUUUUUUUCCUCGCUUAAAGAGGUUAUUCAUUCGUGCCGAGUCCCUUAAUUUACCACACGCGUGUCGAUAUAGAUUUGGUUAUUUAAUAGCGCCGCUUAACUCUCUGUUUUUUCUCGCCGUCUCUGCUGCGACGUGUAUUCCCGUGUCUCGAGUACCGUGUAUUUAUGACCGCCGCAAUUACCGCGUGAUUCGCUUGCUUUGGAAAUUCAAAAUACCGCAAGAGGACUGGCUUUUGUUGCCAAAACCGCGCGAGUCCCUCCGAGGAGGCUGGAAAAGUUUCAUAGGGUCAGGGGAUUUGUUGUGUAAAUAUUGGUCAAGCUCCUUUGUCGCCAGUCUUUCCUCGGCCUCCUCGCGAAGAUCUCGCAUCCGCAUCGGGCUGCGUUAUGAAAAAACGGUGCGCUAUUAGAAAUAGACACUGUCGAGGAAAAUCAAACGGCUACGACGUGGCACAAAAUGUAACAUUAUGCGACUCGCUUACUGUCGGGCACGCCCGACGAACAGAUAUCUCUCUGCAUCGUGCGAUUCGUAAGGAAUUGAGGUUAGAUUUAUACUAGUGGAUAAGCGAGCGUGAAAAAAAAAAAAAGAUUUUGUCCGAAACGUAGCAUGGAGUCCUGACUGCAGUUUCGGACAAGACCUCCUAAAAGACAUUUCCAAUUUUUUUAUAUUAUAAAUACAGUUGAUAUUGACCAAGAAUUUCCUCCCGCCUGUCCCUGAAGAUACCUUCGAGUUAUUACUUAAUACUUUAAUAUAUUAAUGAUGUUUACAUAAA